AUGGUUUACUUGUCAUCUUUUCUCUGGCAUUGCCUUCUCCUGGCUGCUACGACAACAGCCUCCCCCAGAUAUGGUCAUCAUCACAAAAAUGCUCAUAAGCAUCAACGGGCAACCAAUGAUGCCACAGUACAGGAGCCUAUCUGUUUACCGAUUCCAACGGCCUUUUACCAUCAGGACGAUGUAGUCGCCAAGAUCAAGCCUACAGAGGGAGUAUGUAAGCUUGAUGAACAUAUAACCCCAAAGGCGCGAGCUCCAGCGACGUCACCAAACGUUGGCUUUGAGCCCUCUGGUCUCAUCGCGCGCCAAGCAGAUGAUCCCUACUCUUGCAACGAGAACAAGCCUUGCAGUAACGGAGCUUGUUGCGCCAAAUCUGGAUACUGCGGUUUUGGAGAGAAGUCUUGUGGAACAAAUGGCCAGUCCCCUAACGAUGUUUGCUGGAGUAAUUGCGAUGCUCAUGCUGAAUGCGGUCGUAAUUCGAAUCCCCCCAACAAGGAAUGUCCUCUGAACGUCUGCUGCAGUCAAUUCGGAUUCUGUGGCAUGACAGAUGAGUUCUGUAAGAUUACUGACGACAAGGAAACGAGCUGUCAGAGCAAUUGCGAGCAGCCUGGCAGUGGCGCAUCGGGCGGCAAUGUCCAAAAACGCAUCAUUGGAUAUUACGAGGCGUGGAACUACCAGAAGAACUGCAUUGGCAUGAGAAUGCAAGAUAUUCCUAUCGGCAGUUUGACUCACAUAUACUACUCGUUUGGGUACAUUCGUCCAAGCACAUACGACAUUAUUCCCAUGGACGACGGCAAACCUCUCUCCACCGACACAUUCACUGAAUUCGCUAGUCUCAAGCAAAAGAACCCAGCACUCAAAGUCAUCAUUGCCCUAGGCGGCUGGACCUUCAAUGACAACAACACGAUAUGGCAGCCAGUGUUUAGCGACUUGUCCUCAACAUCCACCAAACGAGCACUUUUCAUCGAAAAGCUCCUCACCUUCUUCAAUCGCUACGGCUUCGAUGGUGUAGACUUGGAUUGGGAAUAUCCGGGAGCUCCCGACCGUGGUGGAAAUCCUGAUGAUGGCGAAAAUCUUACCAAGCUCUUGAAGGAAAUGCGUGCCGAGUUUGAUAAGUCAGGUGGUUCUCAUAAAGAAAUCUCUUUUACCGCUCCUACUAGUUACUGGUACAUGCGACACUUUGACAUCAAGGCCAGCUCAGAAGCUGCGGACUUUGUUAACCUCAUGGCCUACGACUUGCACGGUGUUUGGGAUGGCGAAAAUCCUAUCGGGGCCCAGGUUCUUGCUCACACUAACCUCACCGAGAUCGGUAAAGCUCUAGACCUCCUGUGGAGGAAUGGCGUAGACCCCGAAAAGAUCAACAUGGGGCUCGGCUUCUACGGUCGGUCAUUCCAACUGGCAAAUCCUGCAUGUUCGCAGCCUGGCUGCCCCUUCAAAGGCGGUGCCUCUCCCGGCUUGUGUACUGACAACUCUGGAACUCUCUCGUAUUCGGAGAUCAUGGAUAUCAUCAAACAAAACGAUCUCACCCCGUAUUAUGACAAAGAACACGGUGUCAAAUAUGUCACAUGGGGUGGUGAUCAAUGGGUAUCUUAUGACGACUUCGAGACAUUCCAGCAAAAGAUUGAAUAUUUCAACGCCCUUGGUCUUGGUGGUAUACUCAUUUGGGCUAUCGAUUUAGACACAAAGCAGCUUGAUGCGCUCGAGGCGGUCAUAUAUCCCGAGCCGCUUGGAUCGAGAGCUGAGGAGGCAACCGCAGCAGACAACUGGCAAGAUGCUGGUGAAGGACAAUGUAGAGUCACAGAAUGCGGUGUUGGCAGUUGCAAAUUAGGUGAGGUUGCUGUCACACAAACUCAAUGUGAGGACGAGGAUUUCUGGGAUGGGUCUUUCAGAGUAUCUACAUUAUGCUGCCCGCUUGCAUCAGCCCCCAAAGCAGAAGACUGUGCAUGGAGAGGCGGUGAGCCAAUAUGUAAUGGCCAAUGCCAUUCCGGCGAGGUUGCUCUACAAUCAUCCCUAUACGGCGACUGGGGCAAAUGUAUGGAUGGUCGCAAAUUUUAUUGUUGCAAGGCAGAAGCGCAAAUGCCCGAUUGUGGCUGGACUGACUGUGGUGGCUCCUGUCCCGACACUCACAAUGAGAUGACAUGGGCGUACGAUACGUGCAGUAAGAAGCAGAAACGCAAGCUCUGCUGCAACAAGGAAGAAGGAUGGAAGAAUUGUGCUUGGCAUGGUAAGCCUGGUAGCUGCUUCGACAACCACUGCGACACUGGCUGGCAAGUGGCUAUAACUACUCUUUACGAAGGAGAGGGUGAAGACUGCGGCUAUUGGAAUUCUGACCGCCAACGCACGUACUGCUGCGAUCCACCAGAUGGAAAAUCUCCAUUCUUGCCGGUACCGCUCGACUUUCUCUUCAGCAACCCUCCGCCCGAGGCCGAAGCAGAUACCGAAUUCAACCUUAAGACGGAUCCAACCUAUGGUGGAAGUAACACUGUACCAUUCGCAGAGCAACCUGACAACGCACCCUUUGGAUUCGUUGUCCUGACGAGUCCAGACACCCUACAAGUAUCCCUCGACAAGCGCGAUGGCUCUCAUUGGGAAGUUUUCGAUUGUUUUGAUUCAGUAUCCGAGGGGGAGCAUACUGUGAGAAUGAUGUGUACUGAUCGAAGCGAUUCAUCCAAUUGCGACAAGAUAUACCUGGGUCACGGAGCUCCUGGCACCAUUGUCGAGAUGCCCUCUGGCUGCGGACCGGGUAAAUAUGCUGUGGUCAAGACGCUUGAGCUCAGUAAAGACCAGGGAUUGCCUCACCACCUAGUGAAGCGCGGCAUGACAGUGGUUGAUCCUAUCUACGACCUGACAUUUGAUUAUCAAUUCAAAAGAGUCCCGCGCGAUCUUGGCAACACUCAGAUGAGAAUCGACUUCAGCAACGAACCAGAGUAUUGGAACAAUAUCGUCAACAAGACUGCCAGCAGUAAGCGACGAAAGAGAAGUUUGGAAGAAGUAGGCGGUAGUCACAAACGUUGGCUGGAAGAGGAAUGGCGAGACGAUAUGCAUUUCGGAGGGCUUUCCAAAGAAGAACUCCAUAAGCGUUGGUUCGGCAGUGACAUUGUUGACUGGCUCAAGGGCAUUAUCAAUGGUGUAUCUGGCGGACUAGACAUCAGCCACACGUACUCCGACGAUUUCGUUCUCAAGAUCAUCGACCAGCGGCUGACUUGCCCCAAUGUUGCCGCCAAGUUGGAAGUGAAGGCAGAAUGUCAUGUCGAUGUCGACGUCAAUUACGGCUUUACUCUUGUUGCCACACUUGGUAAUCCCGGCACCCUCAUCGACCUCAGCGAUUCGUUUCUGUACUUCCGUACCAAGGGCGAGGUAGAUGCUAAGUUCGUCAUCGACGCAGCCGUCACCGCCAUGUUUGACACCGGCGAUAUCAUGAUGUUCUCUGCGGACAAGUUUGGCGCAGCCUUCGCGGUACCCGGUAUCGUCACUAUUGGCCCAAAUUUCAAGCUCUUCGGAAGACUUGAAGGUCAAGCAACAUUAGGUGUUAACUUUGAGAGCAAAGUCAAGCUGGCAGAGUGGGAUAUCCGGCAGACCUAUCCAGUCGCAAACGACGAAUGGGACCCUGAAGCAUCCAAAACCCCGGAGAAAAAAGGCACGCAGAAUGUGCUCGAGCCUGAGUUCGAUUACGGCCUCACACUUGAGGGCCACCUUACCGCCCACGUCAAGCCGACUAUAACAUUCGGCAUUGACUUCAACAAAGACUUCAUUCCGAUUGACAGCUGUGCUGUCAAUCUUGUGGCCGACGGCCAUGUCACCUUCCACGCAGAGCUGAAGGUGAAUAGCGAGUCUUCGUUCUGCUACGGCGUGGAUGCUGGAGCCGAUCUUUAUGCGACUCUUGACGCUCCGUCCGAGUUCAGCUGGGCCCUUCCCAAAUCACCAUUUCCUAUUGUCCCUAUCGACGACGUUCAACUCUAUCCUACUGGUGAUACGCCAGCAUGCAUAGAUCUCUCUAAAAAACGAGACUCUGAACGUUCAUCAAUAACGCAGGGCAAGAGCAGAAACACCACGAGCGAACUUGCGAAGAGGGCUAAAGUAUAUGGUCCUUUAGUGCCUCGCUUGGAGGGAUUGAGCUGCCCAGGAGCUAUUAACGUUGGCGAUAUUCCUCCAUGUCCAUUGUGUGGCGAUGAUGGUGGUGAGAGUCUUGAAAAGCGUGCUGACUCCUGCUGGCUUGAUCCUUACAGCAGUGGCCAUAGUUGUCCUGCGGAUCUUCCUGACAAGCGCGGCAUUCAGAUCGAUGACUUUGUCGGGAACGAAACUGAGCUUCAUCAUCUGGAGAAGCGCGAAACAAAGUAUGUCAGUUGGGCCGGCCAAUAUCUUCCUUGCGGAACCUAUAAGUAUUGCAAGGCGGCAAGUGCCAUAAGCGGCGUGAACAAAUGGUUCGGCUUCAGAAGCGGGACUGGUCCAUGUCCAGUGACCAUUGAGAAACUUACUAAAUCCCAGACAGACACCUCGCAAUACGCCACUGAGCAUAUUUACGAGGUACAAAUGUUGCCACUCUUCUUUGAAUGGCUUAUCACUGGGUCACUUCCUGGUGGCUACACAAAUCCUUCACGAGAUUGGGUGGAUUACGUUCUCGUUGGAAUGGAUCCCAACGUUAUAGCUCCGCAUGUUGCUCCUGGGUGGGUUGAGCAAUCUCUAUUUUUCGAAAUGACCCACGGCCUAGGGGGCGACCACAACCCUGGUGGUCUCGCCCUAGCCGAUGGAGGUAUGAAUGGUAGAAAAAACAAUUUGUUCGGUGGCAAAACUAUUUCCUCCAAGCUCGAAGAUAACAACCUCAACACACGAAAGAUGCACCGAAACACAGCUGCUGUAUUCUCAUACAUGCGUAACCCCUGGAUUUGGCCCAAAUUCGUCGAAACAUCGCAGUUUAUGGAAGAGAUGCUCCAUGAUUUCGAUACUAGCUUCAAUUGGAACGGCAACGCAGCUGAAAACAAUGGACAGCUAGGUAGACCACAGCGUGCUGCCAACGCUCCCACGGCAGGGCUGCGCGACCUAUACUGCUACUGGAUUGACAAGCAUCUGACUGAAAUUGAGGCUACCGCUGCCCUGUGGCUCCAGGCCGCAGAGGCCACCUACAGAGCGUCAUCCUUUGCCACUGACAACGCGGGAAUCCAGUGGUUGCAGAACGUUAUGACCCCCCAAGGGCCCAUAUCGGCUGGAAAUCUGGUGUUUCUUCAUAGCAACCAGGUUCCCCACAGAUUCAACCCAGGAAAUACAAACCGAGUGACAUGGUUGCUGAGUAACUUCGACGAUUUGUGGAGAACUGGGCCAGGCUAUGGGCCAGCUGGGCCAUUCUAA